AUGGAUACCACUGCUACUUCCACAAGCAUCGACGUGUCGACAUAUGACCACCAGCUUCAAUGUCCGCUCUUUGGUACCUUGCCCGGCGAGAUACGCAACGAGAUCUUUGCACUCGCGCUGGUGCAGUACGAGGAAGAGGGGCCGUCUGCAUACCCUGUUGAUUCGUACUGGUACCGGCCCGGGUUUACGGGGCCGAGGAGGAGUAGUUGUUCACUUUUGCGGGCGUGUAAGUUGGCGUAUGCGGAGGGGCAACAGGUGUUUUUGAGGGAGCUUGAAUGGGCAUUUUGGUUUGACCGCGGACCAAAAGGCCGAACGAAAAACGCCGCUUGCAAGCGCUUCUUUGGGGCCCUGACGGAACAGCAGUCACGCGACUUGACACGCGUCCGCUUCUUUACGCAAAUGUACUGGCUCGAGGGCGGGUGGAACCUGGGGACGCUGUUCCGGCAGCCGCGGUUCCGGCCCGAGGUGCUGACGAUUACGGUGCGGUACUCGGAUUGGUGGUACUGGGAGACGGACGAGCCGCUUCGCAUGUCGGAGAAUUGGUUGAGGGUGUUCCAGGGGCCGAGGGGUCUGAGGGAGUUGCGGGUCGAGUAUGAGACGCUUGUUGGGAAGAGGGGGGAGAUGAUGCGGAUUGUGGAGAGGAAUAAGGGGUGGAAGUUGGCUGUGGGGGGGUUGUUGACGUCUGGUCGGAGGGUUGAGAGGGUGGUAGGGGAGGAUGGGGUGGGACAAGGGGAAGAGGGAGAGGAGGAGGAGGGGUAUUUGAGUGCCGAGGGGACGGCGUUGGUGGAGUGGCGGUGGAAGGGGCCGAGUAAGCUUGGUGGGAAGGCGUGGGCUCAUCAUGGGGAGGGGGAAACGGUUGAGUAUGUUGUCGUGAUGGAUACGUGGAGGUUUGUCGAGGGGCCUAUGAGUGAGGAGGAUAGGAUGCGACGGGCUGAUGGCGGUGACGGACAUUUGGGAGGGCCUGGUGAUGACGACGAGGUGUUUGAUUCGGAGGCGGGUGAGUGGCCUGAAUUCGAUUCGGAAGAGGAGUUUGAAGAGGAGGAGGAGGAUGAUGAAGAGGAAGAGGACGAAGAGGAGGAUGAAGAGGAGCAGGAGGAGGCAGAGGAAGAGGAGGAGGAAUACGACGAGGAGGAGGAAGAGGAAGAGGAAGUGGAAUAUUAUGAGGAGGAAGAAGAUAAUAUGGAGGCUAUGGAGAGGCUUCUAGCCUCGUUGGGGGCUCAGAGUCAGAGCCUGGGAGAGGCGGCGGUCUUCUAG